CUCUCUCCACAGAUUCUGCUUCCUGCCAGUAGAAAUGGACAGCAGCAGUUUCAUUCAGUUUGAUGUGCCCGAGUACAGCAGCACGGUACUGAGCCAGCUCAAUGAACUCCGCCUGCAGGGGAAACUGUGUGACAUCAUUGUCCACAUUCAGGGUCAGCCCUUCCAAGCCCACAAAGCGGUCCUUGCUGCCAGCUCCCCCUAUUUCCGGGACCAUUCUGCGCUGAGCACCAUGAGCGGCUUAUCGAUCUCGGUGAUCAAGAACCCCAACGUGUUUGAGCAGUUGCUGUCCUUCUGUUACACUGGAAGAAUGUCCUUGCAGCUGAAGGAUGUCGUCAGCUUUCUGACUGCGGCCAGCUUUCUGCAGAUGCAGUGUGUCAUUGACAAGUGCACACAGAUCCUCGAGAGCAUCCACUCCAAGAUCACCGUGGGCGAAGUGGACUCGGUGACCAUCGGCGCCGACGAGCCCCCAGAGAGUCAGAAUGGCGUCAAGGACGGCAGCUUCUUCGCCAACCCCGUGGAGAUCUCCCCGCCGUACUGUGCGCAGGGCCGGCCGGCCGGCAGCGGUGACCUCCGCAUGGAAACUACUCCCAGCAAGGUCCUGCGCAGCCGCCUGCAGGAGGAGGGCCACUCGGACCGUGGCAGCAGCGGGAGCGUGUCUGAGUACGAGGUGCAAAUAGAGGGGGACCACGAUCCAGGAGAGCUGCUGGUGCGGGAGAGCCAGAUCACCGAGGUGAAGGUGAAGAUGGAGAAGUCCGACCGGCCUAGCUGUUCCGACAGCUCCUCACUGGGCGACGACGGCUACCACACGGAGAUGGUGGACGGGGAGCAGGUGGUGGCCGUGAAUGUGGGCUCCUAUGGCUCGGUGCUCCAACACGCCUACUCCUACUCCCAGGCCGCCUCACAGCCCGCCAGCGUCUCUGAGGCCUUUGGCAAUCUGAGCAAUUCCAGCCCGUCGAGAACCAUGCUGAGCUGUUUCCGGGGCGGCCGUGCCCGCCAGAAGCGGGCUCUGUCUGUCCAUCUGCACAGUGACCUCCAGGGCCUGGUGCAGGGCUCUGACAGCGAUGCCCUGGUGAGUAACCCCAGCUACGAGAGCAGCCCGCGUGAGCGGAGUGCCCGGGGCCACUGGUACCCCUACAACGAGCGGCUCAUCUGCAUUUACUGUGGCAAGUCCUUCAACCAGAAGGGAAGCCUGGACCGACACAUGCGGCUCCAUAUGGGCAUCACCCCCUUCGUGUGCAAGUUCUGUGGGAAGAAGUACACGCGGAAAGACCAGCUGGAGUACCACAUCCGGGGCCACACCGACGACAAGCCGUUCCGAUGUGAGAUCUGUGGCAAGUGCUUUCCCUUCCAGGGCACCCUCAACCAGCACCUGCGGAAAAACCACCCCGGCGUGGCUGAGGUCCGGAGCCGCAUCGAGUCCCCCGAGAGAACAGACGUGUAUGUGGAGCAGAAACUGGAAAACAAUGCCUCGGCCUCUGAGCUGACUCUAGAUUCGCGCAUGGAGAUCCACACAGUGUCAGAUGCCCCCGACUAAGACGGUGAAGACGACGCACCCAAAGCACAAGAGUCCAUGCAUAGUUGUGAUUUGCUUUGUGUCUGAUCUUUGGUUUUUUCCCAGCCAUCUGGAAAUCUCUUGGUCUCUUGGCAGUUUUUCUGAGGUCUCUUGGAAGGAGCACUUUACGUGUUUAUCCUUCCCUCCCCUCUCCACCCAGUCCUCACCCGCCCUCCCCGCAGGAGCUCAGCACACGAAGGGCAGCGCACCCAGGGAAACACAGUAGGCUGACAGUAUUCCUCUGUGGCUGAACUCCUGACUCAAAAGCCGCCAGUGAUUUAGCGAUGCCAGCUGGUUGCCCCUGGUCUGCCCCGCCGAAUGGCGAGCAUUCAAUGUCCAUGCUGGCACUGAGCAAUUCUUUCCAUGGAGAGAGAGACUAGGGUGCUGUCAGCCGCGACAAAUGGAUAACCUUUUCUAAUUUAAAGUGACUCUUAAGGGUAGUUAGACAAUUUAUAUAUAUAUAUAUAAUAAAUUGUUUAUUAUAUAUAUGGUAUAUAUAUACAUUCUCAAAUUUGAUUUUAUUCUGGUUGAGGUGAA